UUCAUUUACAGUUACUUGCUCAGAUAAGUUGUGGAGAGUGGAUUGGGAAAGAGGAGAGGACAACAAAGUAUGGGAAAUGAGAAAGUUGUGAAAAGGAAGUUGGGACUGUGAAGUGACUUGCUAACAGAUAACACAAGUGAUUCCUGGUUGUCUUCCUGGUUGUAAUCCUCUUAACAAUUAGUCCACAUCAUUCUACUCCAUAUAACACCAGUGAAAAGAAUUCAGACUAUCUGUUUAUCUGAAGGAAGAAGUGAAAGACCAAUUGCAUCCAUGUGGCUCUACGUGGCCUGCCUCAUUGGCCUUUACUAUCUCUUUCGCUGGUAUCGGGAGAGGCAGGUGGUGAGCAAUCUCGAGGACAAAUAUGUUUUCAUCACCGGCUGCGACUCUGGAUUUGGGAACCAGCUGGCCAAGCAGCUGGACCUCCGAGGUCUGAGGGUGCUGGCAGCCUGUCUGACAGAGAAAGGAGCUGAGCAGCUGAGGCAUCAGACUUCAGACAGAGUAGAGACAGUGAUCCUGGAUGUAACCAAGACAGAGAGCAUCACGGCGGCUGCCCAAUGGGUGAAGGAGCGUGUGGGAAAUAAAGGACUCUGGGGCCUUGUCAAUAAUGCAGGAAUUGUCUUCCCACAUAUUUGCACUGAGAUGAUGACUAAGGAAAACCUCACAAAGACACUGAAUGUCAACCUGAUUGGAUUAAUUGAGGUGACACUAAACAUGUUACCAAUGAUAAGACAAGCCAGGGGGAGGAUUGUCAAUGUCUGUAGCAUCAUGGGGAGAAUGGCAGCCUUUUCAGCGGCCUACUGCUCUUCCAAGUAUGGAGUGGAAGCUUUUUCGGACUGUCUGAGGCUUGAAAUGCAAUAUUUUGGAGUGAAAGUCUGCAUCAUUGAGCCUGGCUAUUUUAAAACGAACUUAACCGCUGAGGAGAAGUUUGUUGAGAAUAUUAAAAAGUCGUGGAAUGACUGCUCAGUGGAGAUUAAAGAAAGCUAUGGACAAGAAUUCUUUGAGAAAAGUCUCAGCUUUGUCAAAAUAGUACUGAAGCGUUGCUGCAGUAAUUUGAACCUGGUAACUGAUUGUAUGGAACAUGCUCUGACAUCCACUUACCCCCGAUAUCGCUAUUCAGCUGGCUGGGAUGCUCAAUUCUUAUAUAUUCCUAUGUCAUAUUUGCCUACAAGAUUGUUAGAUUAUUUGUUGUCUAAAAAUUUACAGAAACCUGCACGUGCUAUCUAAAGGUGUAUUAGAAAGCUGACUUGUGAAGGAAUUGGACAUUAUGAAAUUUGAUAAUGAUAUUUCUGUAGUUUUUAAAAAGAAAUGUAUUCUUUUUAAGGUUUCUAUUCCUUUGUGAAGGAGCUGCUAAAUGCUUCAUUAAUUUGAAAUCACUAGGGAAUGAAGCAUUCCACAUGAGUAAAAUUUCCAGAAAACUGAAACUUUCCCUUUUAUGCACCAAAACAACAAAAUGAUUUAAAAAUCAAAAUCUUCCCAAAAUGUAGGAAAUAUUUAUCUACUUCAGUAAACAAAGCAGGCUGAAUCAGGCAGAUCCACAUUCAAAUCUAGCCUCAUACACUUACUAGCUGUGUGAAUACAGGAAAGUCACAACCUCUGUCUGCCUCAGUUUUCUCAUCUCUAAAAGGGGGAUAAUAAUUGUAUCUAUCUCCCAGGGCUUUUGUGAAGAUCAAACUAGAGAAUAUUUCUAAACACUUUGCAAACCUUAAAAUGCUUUAUUAUAAUGUCCAGGCUAGCUCUCUGGAGGACCUCAGGGUCAGAGUCAGGGGAAGUGAAGGAGGCAGGCAAGCUGCCACAUCGCUCAUUAAAGAUGGAUCCUGGACUCUGGAGUCUGGAGCCUGAAAUUUUCCCUCCUGCAUGUGCUGCUGCAGAGAGACUCUGACCUUCUCCCUCAGCCCUCUAACCCUUGCCUACAAUUACCUCACCACAACACAUUCAGCAAACGCCAAUCAUCAUAUCACCAUAUUAUCUAAGUAUAUGUUUAUAGAACCAUUAUCUCACGUUGAGUAGGUACUUAGCCUUAAGUAUUCUGCUGUUUUAGAUUCAAGUACACCUUUUCAGAGUUGCAGCCCUCUAAUUUUAUAAAAGCUAUUAUGCAAAUAAUCAUUACUAUGUACUUUUGUUGAACAUGAUCCUUUUCUUAAUGACUCUGUGCCAUCCUUACAUAUAUUAUUAUAUAAAUUCCAUGUGCUAUAUUAUAGAACAAUACUGCAUUCUGGGGCUGUUUGUCCCUACAGUAAAUGGCCCUAGAUUUCUAUGGUUUCACUAAUUGUGUUUCUAUCAUUUUUUCGGUGUGUCUAACUCUAAUUAAUUUACAUUUGUUGAUUAUAAUCUAAGACAAAUGAAAAAUUGUAGUUACUCGUUAACAAAAGCUGUUUAGUCAGUAACACUAAUUUUAUAGAUAAUUCUUAGUUAAUUUGUAACCUAGAUUAAAGUAGUAGUAUAUAUUUUGCCUCUUUUGUGGAAUAAAAUGUAUGGACUUCUUAGAGGCCCUUUUUAUUUACUUAUCAAUCUAAGUUUUGAUGGUUGAGGUUGCUAGAAAUCUUAGUUAAUGGAUAAAUGGGGUAUUUGGCUAGAAAACCUACUUAAUGCUGUAAUGUAAUUAUGUAAUUUUGGAAGCAAAUAAAGAUCAUGGAUUGUGAUAAA